CAAAGCCAAAAGGGAAGAAGAGGAAUUGGCGCAAGAAACCAAACCGAACCACCCGCCCGCCUCCAACCGCGCUUAAAUGCGCGCCUUUCUUCUUCCCCCGAGUUAAACCCUCGCGGACGCCUCCGCCACCCGCUCGCUCGCUCUUACAAAAAGGCAGCCACCCCUGCGCCUCAGCUACUAGCUUGCUAGCUGUACGCAGGGCGGCUAGCUAGCUAGCUGAGUUUCCUGAGCCUGAGCGCGCGCGGUCGCCCGCCGUCGGUUGUGCUUUGCCGCCGGCCGCCGAGGUCGAUCGGGGAGCAAUGCACAUUGCCACCUGCGUGUGGCAAGAGAAGGCGGCGGCGGCGGACAUGGGGGGAGGUGGCGGCGGUGUUGGUGCUGGGAAGAGGAAGAGGAAGGGGGAGUGGGCGGCGCUGGCGGCGGCGGCGGGGGGCGCGCUCAACUGCGCGGUGAGCUUCGUGGUGUUCUCGGCGCUGGACGUGCUGGACGUGGUGCUGUGCCUGGUGUACAAGCUGGUGGACUACGCCGUGGAGGCGGAGUGGAAGGCGUGCUACUGCGCGGCGGCGGCGCGCGGGGACGGCGCCGCCGGCCCGCGGGUCCUCGCGCCGCCAGGGCCCAAGGUGGUGCGGCUGUCGGCGUCGUCGGCCAAGAUUCAGCUGGAGGACGUGUCCGACACGCUGUACGUGCGCCCCUCGCUGCUGGCCGACGCCACCAAGAAGGCCGGCCCCGCGCCGCCCGCGCUCACCGUCAGCCCCGCCAUCGCCGAGAUGAUCCGCGGCAAGAUCGACCGCCCGCCGCGCCCGAGCCCGCCGCGCCAGGCGCCGUGCUGGUCCGACUGCGACUGCAAGGUCUGCCACGCCUGGAGCGCCGCCCCGCGCUCCGCGACGCACCUCUACGUCCACGUCCAGGCGCCGCCCGCGCCGGUGCCGGGCGAAGCAGCCGAGGACGUGGUGUUCAUCCACGGGUUCAUCUCGUCGUCGGUGUUCUGGACGGAGACGGUGUUCCCGGCGUUCAGUGCGGCGGCGCGCGGGCGGUACCGGAUGUUCGCGGUGGACCUCCUCGGGUUCGGGCGCAGCCCCAAGCCGGCGGAGUCGCUGUACACGCUGCGGGAGCACGUGGAGAUGAUCGAGCGCUCCGUGCUCCAGCGCUACCGCCUCGGCUCCUUCCACGUCGUCGCCCACUCCCUCGGCUCCGUCCUCGCCCUCGCCCUCGCCGUCAAGUACCCCGCCGCCGUCAAGUCCCUCACCCUCCUCGCGCCGCCCUACUUCCCGGUGCCGGAGUCGGAGGCCGGCGCGGCGACGCAGUACGUGAUGCGGCGGGUGGCGCCGCGGCGGGUGUGGCCGCCGAUCGCGUUCGGGGCGUCCAUGGCGUGCUGGUACGAGCACGUGAGCCGCACCAUCUGCCUCACCAUCUGCCGGCACCACCGCGUCUGGGACCGACUCUUCAGGAUCCUCACCAGGAACAGGGUCCGGACGUUCCUGAUCGAGGCGUUCAUGUGCCACACCCACAACGCGGCGUGGCACACCCUGCACAACAUCAUCUGCGGCAGCGCGGCCCGGAUGGACGCGUACCUGGACGUGCUCUCGUCGCAGCUCUCCUGCAAGGUGGCCGUCUUCCACGGGCGCGACGACGAGCUGCUCCCCGUGGAGUGCGCGCUGGCCGUGGGCGCCCGCGUGCCCCGCGCCCGCAUCACCGUCUACGACCGCAAGGACCACAUCACCAUCAUCGUGGGGCAGGAGGAGCUCUUCGCCGCCGAGCUCGAGGCCAUCUGGAGGAGCGCCGCCGCCGACUAGCUCCAGCUAGCUGCAGCAGCUGGUGGUAUACUGGUGAUCGUCCGACAACAGUGCACAGAGGUGGAGACGAUCGAUCAAGAUCAGAAUUCAGAAUUACUGGCCCGUAAAGAAGAUGCAAUAACGUCGAUGCUUCAAUCCCUGCAGACUGCAACGCAGCAAGGGAAAGAAAGAAAGGAAAAAAAAACAUGUACUAUAUCAUCAUAUCAGGAUGAGCGAGCAAUUGUAUUGUAGUAUCCUGCCAUCAAUCAUUUGCAAGAGUUUUUCUUCUUCUUCUUCUUCUUCUUCUUCAAGUUCAAGAUACAUAGCUGUAUUCUCCUCUCUUUUCUUUUUCUUCUUCUUCUUAUCUGGUAAGUAUAAAGAAAGUGCCCUGCUCCUGCUGGAUUAAUACGACGGAGCCUGCCUGUAUUGAUUGUCUGAUUGGACCAACGAGUUGGUUGGCGCUCAUCAGCAGCUAGCUUGUCACCGACUCAAUCACCAUCAAUCUGUAACAGCAUAUAUAUAAUGGAAUUGAUUAAGCUGCA